GGAACUAAACCACAGACCCUGGGAAGACAGAAGUUUGCUUGCCAGUAGUGUUUGUUUUUAGUUUACGCCAUCUGAACUCGUUCAGAUUUUCUUUAUUUCUGGCAAACUGUCGGAUUGAAGAGAUAUGGCUUGAGGCCAGUGUUGAGGGCUUUUGUCAUUUUUGGAGGAGUAUUUUAACUAUGAAUAGAUCUUUGAGUUUACGAGUACCUAGAAGACAUGGCAAUCAUCUGUACAGUUAUGCAGUGGAAGCAGGGGCGCUCCCCGGAAAGGUGAAGAAGGGGAAGAUGAAAACAAAGUUGGGAAGCAGGAAAGCUUUUAGUUUAGAGGAAAACCAACUUGAGCUUCAACAGCAGUCCAAGAGCCUGAGCCGGCAGGUCCCGCCCAGGUCUCACACUCUUGAUGUUGACAGACCUUUGGAAAGAAGUGAGAGCAUCAACUCUAGAAGUAGUUUUAUAAAGCACAACAAAACAUUCCACAAACUCUUCCCAGAACUCCCAGAAAGUGAGGACUUACUACAUGCCUACAUCUGUGCCCUGCAAAAGGAGGUGCCUUAUCAUGGUCGUCUAUACAUCACUGGCAGUAAUGUCUGCUUCUACUCCUCUGUGCUGCGAAAGGACACCAAGGUGAUUAUUCCCGUGUCCAAUGUAAAUAUUCUUAAGAAGCAGAACACUGCGUUGCUCGUGCCAAAUGCCAUUUCUAUCAGAACCACUGAAGGAGAAAAGUAUUUAUUUGUGUCCUUACGGAAUAGAGAAGGAUGCUACAAGCUGCUACGAUCAGUUUGCCCUCAGAUAGAGGAAGGAAGUGCCAACAGCAGUCCUCUCUUCUCAUCAGCUGAGAACAGCUUCGAUCAAGUCAAACUGGUGCAGAACUCCAGUCAGUCCAGUCUUGAUGACUCUUAUGAGGUGGAUGGAGGACGUGUCACUCCCCAGUUGGAACUUUCUGCAUCUAGACUAACAAAAGAAAGUAGUGCUGUUGGAACCCACUCCACUACAAAGAGCGCUUUACAAGAGCAAGACGACACCUCCACCGAAGAAUACAAUGGAAGUUCAUGGGUUUGGAAUGUGACGGAGAGGGCUCGAUCUCUCCUCAUCCAAAGAGAUGUGAGCAGCCUCAACACACUUCUCCUUAUCUACCUGAUCCUGGUGUUUCUCCUCCUGUUAUCUUCUGGCUAUAUCGGCCUGCGAAUUGUGGCCUUAGAAGAACAGCUGACUUCCCUAGGGGCCCUACCUGAAUUUACCCUACAGAGCAGGUACAAAGAAACAUAGCCCAACACCACCGAAGAGAUUUAUUCCAUCAAGUUUGGCUUUUGUGAAAAGUACCAAAAACGAAUCACGUUGGAUCUCUUGUUCUUGAAGAUCCCCUAUCUGCCCACAGAGAAAGUUGUGAAGGAACUUUAGUUGCAUACUCGCCAGUUCCCCAGUAGUAAAUCAUGUCUGACUUUGUUCCAAGAUAACAACCAGAAGGCAAACAGUUAUGGGAAGGUGAUCGUUUUGACAAGAAACGGGCAUGAUUUGACUUGUGAUUGUGUUAAGGUAACCAAAACCACCUUAAACAACCAAAGACAACUGAUUUGUUUCUAAAUGGUGUCAAAAAAUCAGCAAAGGAGCCAAACAGUUCUACUAUGGGAAAACAUUUCACCAGUUUUUAUGUUCAAUAUUUGAGUUUCGUCUUGACCCAUUUGUACACUCCUGUUGUAUGUGUUGGAACUUUUACGACCAUCAAAACAUCAAACUGUCACUGUAGUUUAACGAAUUACUUUGUUACAUUUUUCAAAUUUCCAUUUUUUGUUUAUCAAUUCUUGUUUUGCGGUAGGCGCAUCUUUCAGACAAAAAUGUUAAAUUUUUCAUCUUCCUCUAGUGAAAGUUGUUUUUCAUUCGUCUUUGAUUCUUCGUGGUUGCUAUAUUAAACCUGGUUUAGCACGAUAUUUAAAAAAGAGCUAAUCUAACUUGCCAACCCUUAAUAUUACUGUAUGUAUACAUCUAUGCAUAAAAAAAUUGCUCAAAUCAGGUAGUUAAAGAGUUUGUUUUUUGUUUGUCUUUUUUAUACUCGGGAAGAUGUAGUCCGCCAUGCUAGUCUCUUCCAAAUCCCAACUGUUCUAACCCAUUAAAAAAAAAAGAAUGAAAAAAAAUGCAUUUUGACUAUAUUGCAUAGAUGCAAAUCUCAGUGCUUCAAACACGGGACGUUUUUUUACAGCUAAAAUGGUUUAUUGCAUGUUAGCGCCAACCAAAAGGACCGUUUCCAUUCAGGACUUAUAAUGAGACUGAUUGCGAUACUUUAGUCAUAUUUAGCGAUAUAAUGAAAAUGGUCCAAAAUAUGCAUGAUUUUUACGUGUAUGUGUGUUCUAAAUAUGUUGCAAUUUGUUUAAAGAGACUGCGUGUAAAAGAGUGAGAAGUGUAGAUGUUUGUGAUUAAUAGAGUGCACUUUAAAGUGUAGAGACUGUCCAAAAGGAGGCGCUAUAUUGCAUGGAGUGGAUGAAGAAGGCAUUCUAUUGAUGUCGUUUUGUUGUGGGGUAUUAGAUGGUGCUAAGACGUCUCACUCAGGGCUGGGACUAACCUCCAAUUUGCAAUGCAUUGCGUGUCAGUUUUGGCAUCUUGGUCCUCUUGGCAGACCUGAUCUGCUGUUUUUCAUGGUUCGUAAAUCCUUCAGCCGUUCGGAAUGCAUAUCGUAACGUUUGGAAUGAACACCCACAUGAACCUGCCAAGAUAAUUACACAGAACUGUCUGUUUGCCUUGGCAUUAAUUAUGUCCAGUUUCCAAACAAUGACAUCAAUGCAUGUCGACAUAGAUCUGUGGAUUUCACAUUUUAUAAGGCAGUUGCCCUACAAAACAGAGAUUCCUGAUGUCCUGAUCUAAACAAACGAAGGGGAUUCAAUUAAAAAUGAUUUGCACAUAGCAUGUCGAAGCAUUGCAUUUCAACUCAACGCUGGGACCGCGCAGCCUCAAAGUCUGUUUAACAGCUGUCUAAUAACCACAAUGCAAGGAUCCCAACUUUUUAUAAUUUGUUUAUAUUGCACUAUUGAAGUGUUAUACUUGUUGUUUUUGUAUCAAUUUGUCAGUAAAAAAUCUAAUUUUGUCUAUUUAUUGCAUAAUGUGUAUUUCAAAGUGGUCUCUGUGAGACUGGCUUUGGCAUUGUUUGAAUAAAUCAAGUGCUAAGGAAA